AUGCGAUUUUAUCGACGUUACUGGUCCUUCUUUCGUCAUUCGGCUGCAUCAAAAAGUCCGCCCUCUCAGAAGCGCAAUAUGGGCAUCUCUACUACCGCAUUUUUAUACUCCGUUAUUGUUUCAGUGCCUCCGGUUUCCGCAGGCCCCGAAGAUGUGGAUGACAGGAACCACCAUGUUUCUGGCGGUUCCUGGAAUGGAGGUCCCGACUUUAAAAAAUUGAUGCGGUAUUUCGGCCAAUAUAUCCGAGGAAAAGUUAAUUACCCAGAUACCAAGCCCCCAACAGUGCCUGUUCGAAAGCCCGAGUUCUUGGCCGCCCGGGAAACCUCCAGUCUACGAGCAACAUGGUUGGGUCAUGCCUGCUACUAUGUUGAAUUUCCAAGUGGCCUCCGAGUGCUAUUUGACCCGGUGUUCGAGGAUCGCUGUUCUCCAUUUUCUUGGAUAGGUCCCAAGCGAUACACGGAAAUGCCUUGUGACAUUAAGGACAUUCCCAUCAUUGAUGCGGUGGUCAUCUCCCAUAACCAUUACGACCAUCUGUCUUACCCAACCAUUAAAGAGAUCUCCAAACGACAUCCGAAUUGUCACUUUUUCGCUCCCCUCGGCAACAAGCAAUGGUUUACAAGCUCAGGGAUCCACAACGUGACGGAAUUGGACUGGUGGGAAGAACGCGAUAUUUCCCUUUCCCCGUUGGAGAUGUCAGAAGUGGCACCUGCUGGAGAUCUGGUAUCGAAUUCGGCCGACAUCAAAGCCCGAAUCAGCUGUUUACCUUGCCAGCACACUACUAACAGGGGUUUGUUCGAUCGAUGCAAGACACUAUGGUCGUCAUGGUCUGUUGAGUCUGGCGGACGCAAGGUAUACUUCGCUGGGGAUACGGGUUACAGAUCAGUACCAGAGCUUCCUGAUGGUGUCGAUGACUAUGCCCCAGAGCACAACUUUCCAUCAUGUCCCGCCUUCAAAGAAGUAGGCAAGUUCCGGGGUCCUUUUGAUCUGGGACUGAUCCCGAUUGGAGCCUAUAAACCUCGGUGGUUCAUGAGCCCCAUGCACGCCAGUCCUCAUGAUGCAGUUCACAUUUUCCAGGACACGAAGUGCCAGAGAGCUUUGGGCAUGCAUUGGGGCACCUGGGUGUUGACUGAGGAAGACGUUCUUGAGCCACCCAAGCUGUUGCGGGGCGCUUUGAAGAAGAAUGAUAUCCCCGAAGAUGGAGUUUUUGAUGUUUGCGACAUUGGGGAGAGUCGGGAGUUUUAG